AUGAGUAAACCUAAUCUUAAUCGCUUUACAUUAGUCACAAGUACAAUAAAGUUGGGAGGUAAUAAUGAAUUACUCCAAAAAUCUCUAGAACUUGAUAUACAUAGAAAUGAUCCAGAAGAAGGACAAGUAGAAGAGUUUCUUCGGUUAUUUUAUGAUGACUUUACUAAAAUCCUAUUUAAAGAAGAAAAACUAGUCAUUGAUCUAGUUAGAAGUCGUUAUAAAUGGUUUGGCUUAGGUGGACAAGCUCCAGAUAAGAAAAGCGCUAAAGAAAUACUUGAAAGUAUUGACGUGACAGACAAGUUAAUAACUGACAAAGCAAAAGAAACUAAAAGAAAGGCUCAACUUAUCCUCGCAUUUUUAUUAACCGAAGAAGCAGAUACAAUAGAAUCAAAUAAAUUAAUCGAGGCUCUAGAAAACUUACAUACAAGAGAGGUAGUUACUUUGGAAAAACAAAAAGAGUUUAUUAGAUACUUAACAAGGUCAUCCGACAAUGGAAGUCCCAUUGCUCCAAUGGUUUUAGGAUACGCUUAUCGGGAAGGAAAAUUUGGACUUGAAAAAGAUUCGGAUAAAGGAAAGGAAUAUUUAGAGUGUGCUAGUGAAAGAGGAAAUGAAAAGGCAACAGAGAUGCUUGAUUCUACUACUUCAAAAAGAAAUGCUCAACUUUACAAUAUCGUCAAGGAAGAAUAA